AGGCUGCAAUUUUCCCGCCAAAUUUGAUCAACUUUUCCAAAAUGGCGGAUCCACUAAGGAAAAAAGUACUCUCGACUUUUCGCCUUAACGGACUUUCUUUGCAAAGUGAUGCGACUAAAUACCUCCGAGAUGUCCUUGUGCCUCUAUCAGAGCCAGAGAUCGAAGACUGGUUAGAAAAAAUCGUCGAGACUGUUCAAAAACAGCCUCUGAGCUCAACGCUUGUAGACCGCGAAGUUGUCGAGACGGCAGUUCAAGAGUGUAGCCGGGACCCAUCCGAAGAUAGCGAUAAAGCGUUUUGUAUCAUCGAUGCAUUUGAUGUGCCGACGUUUGCGUUUAAUUCAGAGAGGAAGAAGUUUUUCCCUGUCUCUGGGAGAUCAGCUUUACACCCCAAUGCCGAGGUAAAAUCAGAGCUGUAUAAGGAGCGCUAUACUGUCAUCCAGCAGCGCACCAUUCGCCAUGAGCUCUUUUCUAACGUUGGGGACUUAGAGGCUGUCAAACAAAACCAGACUUCAGAUAAAUUUGACCUCAAGACCGUUGAGUACCUUCUGGGUAGUACCGGUAGCCUUGGCAAUGUCAUUGUCCUUGGAAUGCUGACCCAAAUAAAAGAGGGCAAAUUCUACUUAGAGGACCCUACAGGUGCUGUGGAAUUAGACAUUACUGAAGUGAAAUUUCACACAGGUUUAUACACAGAGAACUGUUUUGUUCUUGCUGAAGGGAACUACGAUGAUGAGAUUUUCCAUGUCACAGCAAUUGGUUUCCCCCCUGCAGAGCCAAGCAAGGUCACAAGGGCCCAGUUUGGGAAUAUUAACUUCUUUGGUGGCCCUUCUACUUCCUGUGCAAAAGCUUCCAGUAAACUAAAAGAAAUGGAGCGUGAGAACAAGGAUGCCAUGUUUGUGAUUAUGUCUGACGUUCAUCUUGAUCAACCUAGAGUCAUGGAAAAACUUAGAACCCUACUGACUGGUUAUUCCACAAUGCCGCCCUCCCUUUUCAUACUUUGCGGAAAUUUCAAUUCCCAGCCUUAUGGCCCCGAUCAGUAUAAAAUACUGAAAGAGUCUUUGCAAGUGUUUGCAAGCAUGGUUGCUGAGUUUCCUUCCCUUGUGGAGCAGAGCAGGUUCCUGUUUAUACCCGGACCGCAAGACCCUGGUCCAGGGAACAUCCUACCGCGGCCACCGAUACCAGAGUCUUUACGCCAAGUGGUCACAACCAAGAUUCCCAAUGCAACUUUUGCCAGCAACCCUUGCCGCAUCCAGUACUGCACUCAGGAGGUAGUGAUUUUUAGGGAAGAUCUCACCAACAAAAUGUGCCGUAAUUCACUUCAUUUGCCAUCAGAUAUGAAAGACAUCCCCAACCAAUUGCUAAAGACUCUUCUUGCUCAAGCGCACCUUUGUCCACUUCCACUGCAUGUGAGACCAGUCUACUGGGGUUACGAUGCGUCCCUGAGGGUGUACCCUAUCCCUGAUCUGCUUAUCCUUGCAGAUAAGUAUGACCCCUAUACAUGUUCUGCUCUUGAUUGUCAAAGCACCAAUCCUGGAUCCUUCCCUCGUAGUGACUUUAUGUUCAAGGUUUAUUGGCCAUCAAGCAAGGAAGUUGAAGAUUGUAAAAUAUCAGACUAAGAACUGUAAAGAUUAAAGAAGCUACAGUAUCAAGCAAGGAAGCUGAAGAUUGUGAAAAAAAAAAAAACAGACCAAGUUUAUAGAUUACCAGAGCCGUAGCAGCCCAUGUAAGAUUGGGGGGGGGGGGGGCACAAUACAGAACAUUAAGGAAAUAUUGGGGGGGCAUAGCCACGCCCCUUCUGGUCAUUCCCUUAUAAUUUUUUAAAAAUAUUGGGGGGGGGGGGGAACCAAUGCCCCCUACUAAUAAAAAUUUGAAUAAAGUAAUAAAAAGUUCAACCUACAA